GGGAAUCACAUGUUGUUAUUUUUUGCGUUUAAAUGCAUUAUUAUUCCCUGUUUUUCUUUUUUUGGGAGGUGUCUGUUUUUUUCCUCAAAUUACCAAAAGAAGAAAGAGAUCAGGUUUUUUAUGAUCUUUCAAUUCUCUGUACUGGGUCUCUUGAGAUUUGAAACUUCACUAGCCAAUAUCUUCCUUGUUUUUCUUCUUCUUAACUGCUGCACAUAAAGGUGUAACAUAAAAAUGGUGAGAGGAAAGACUCAGAUGAAGAGAAUAGAGAAUGCAACGAGCAGGCAAGUGACCUUUUCAAAGAGAAGAAAUGGACUGCUUAAAAAGGCCUGGGAGCUAUCAGUUCUUUGUGAUGCUGAAGUUGCACUUAUUGUUUUCUCCACUAGAGGGAAACUCUAUGAGUUUUCCAGCUCUAGUAUGAAUAGGACGAUAGAAAGCUAUCAGAAGAGAGCCAAGGAUGUUGGAACCAGCAGCAAAAUGGUUAAAGACAGUAUGCAGCCUGUGAAGGAAGAUGCAUUUACGUUGGCCAAGAAGAUAGAGCUUCUUGAAGUCUCUAAGAGAAAGCUCUUAGGAGAUGGGUUGGAAUCAUGUUCCAUUGAUGAUCUACAACAGUUGGAGAAUCAAUUGGAGCGAAGCUUAACAAGAAUUAGGGCAAGAAAGGUGUAUGCAUUGGCUCUUGCCUUUUUAUUAAUAAAUCAUCUCUCGUUUCAUCAAAAAAGAAAAAAGAAUCAGUUGUUCAGGGAGCAGAUUGAGAAGCUAAAGGGCGAGGAGAAAAUCCUAAUGGAAGAAAACACGAAGUUGAGGGAGAAGUGUGGGAUGCAACCACCGGACCUCUCAGCAACCAAGACGCCACAAAUAUUACAAGACCGCCAAAUCAUCGAGGUGGAGACAGAAUUGUUCAUAGGUCCACCAGACUCCAGAGACACGGCCUGCCUACAAAACCAUAAGAGCUGAUUAAUUUGAGUUAAAUAAUUGCAGAUUCAAAUUUGCAAUAUAGUUCCAGCUUCCCAAGUGUCAAUGGUGUUUUUUUUUUUUAAUCAUUUGCAUCUGAUAGCUAUGAAUACUGUUGUGUCUAAUAAAUUUUGCCAAAAGUAUAACAACUAAAGGGCUUGGACAAUACCAUUGGGUGAUGAGAGUCAAAAUAUGUCAAGGAAGAUUAAUGUAACAUGCUGUAAUGUUAUAUAUAGCUCAACAUUGAUUCUGGUUUACUUCAUAAUAAGAAAAGCUAAAACAUUUGGAGUACAAUAAUUUAUUUUAUAAAA